GAGCGCGGAGAGCAGCCUCAAAGAGGAGACCCUGUAUGAUACCAUCAAGCCCCCCGGCGCCGGCAGCGGCCCCCGCAGCCCCCAGCCGGCCUCCCCGCCCGGGCGCAUGGACGAGCCGCCCGCCCCCCACGCCCUGGUCGUGCGCAUCGGCAUCCCCGACCUCCAGCAGACGAAGUGUUUGCGGCUGAAUCCCGAUGUCCCCAUCUGGGUCUCCAAGCAACGGAUCCUCUGCACCUUGAACCACAGCCUGAAGGACGUGCUGAAUUAUGGCCUCUUCCAGCCAGCCUUCAACGGCAGGGCUGGGAAGUUCCUGGACGAGGAACGGCUGCUGAGGGAAUACCCCCUGAACCCGGACACGCCAGUCCCGUAUCUGGAGUUCCGGUACAAGAGGCGAGUGUACACCCAGAGCCUGCUGGACGACAAGCAGUUUGCCAAGUUGCACACCAAGGCAAAUUUGAAGAAGUUUAUGGAGUAUGUGCAGACGCUGAAUGUCGAGAAGGUCAGCCGGCUGCUGGAGAAGGGACUGGACCCCAACUUCCACGACCCGGACACUGGAGAAUGCCCCCUGACACUGGCUGCACAGCUGGACUACAGCGCCGAGGUGAUCAAAGCCUUGAGGAAUGGGGGAGCCCACCUGGAUUUCCGGACGCGGGAGGGGAUGACGGCGCUCCACAAGGCUGUCCGGUGCCGGAACCACAGUGCCCUGAUGACGCUGUUAGACCUGGGGGCCUCUACAGAUUACAAGGACAGCCGCGGAUUAACGCCUCUGUACCACAGUGCCAUGGUGGGAGGAGACCCCUACUGUUGCGAGCUGCUCCUGCACGACUACGCCAAGGUGGGCUGCGUGGAUGAGAAUGGCUGGCAGGAGAUCCACCAGGCCUGUCGCUAUGGGCAUGUGCAGCACUUGGAGCAUCUUCUCUUCUACGGGGCUGACAUGACUUCCCAGAAUGCCUCGGGGAACACUGCCCUCCACGUCUGUGCUCUCUACAACCAGGAGAGCUGUGCUCGGGUGCUUCUGUUCCGUGGGGCCAGCAAGGAUAUCCGGAACUACAACAGCCAGACGGCAUUCCAGGUGGCCAUCAUUGCCGGGAAUUUUGAACUGGCCGAAAUCAUCAAAACUCACAAAGAGUCCGAUGUUGUGCCUUUUAGAGAGACUCCCAGCUACACGAAGAGGAGACGGCUCAUCGGGGUGGGCGGCCUCUCCUCCCCCCGCCUGCUGCAGCGGUCCGCGAGCGACAACAACUUGAAGGCCGAGAGCCGCCCGUCCUACUCUCCGGUGCCCUCACUCCGCAGCCUGCCCCAACAGCUGCUGGCUCAGAUGCAGGAAGAAGAGAGAGAAGGGCCCAGGGAAGGCUGAGAAGAAGACGACCCUUCUCCUCCUAGCAAGGGUCGGGGUGGGCACCAGGACAGAAGCCCGAGCGGCCCGGGGGGGGCGCCGGGGGCCGGGCCGGGCGUGGAGCCCACCCCGCACGCCGCCCCGGCCCCGCUGCGGGGGCCCAAGAGGAAGCUCUACAGCGCCGUGCCCGGACGCCGCUUCAUCGCCGUCAAGAGCUACGCGCCCCAGGGCGACGGCGAGAUCCACCUCCACCGCGGCGAGGCCGUCAAGGUGCUCAGUAUCGGAGAAGGAGGCUUUUGGGAAGGGACUGUGAAGGGACGGACUGGCUGGUUCCCCGCAGAAUGUGUCGAAGAAGUGCAGAUGCGGCAGUAUGACCCACGGCAAGAAACACGAGAAGACAGGACUAAGCGCCUCUUCCGACACUACACGGUGGGCUCCUACGACAACUUCACCUCUCACAGCGACUACAUCAUCGAGGAGAAGGCGGCCGUCCUGCAGAAGAGGGAGCAUGAGGGCUUCGGCUUCGUCCUGCGAGGGGCCAAAGCGGAGACUCCAAUUGAGGAGUUCACACCAACACCUGCUUUCCCAGCGCUCCAGUACCUGGAAUCUGUGGAUGUGGAGGGUGUGGCCUGGCGAGCAGGACUUCGCACAGGAGACUUCCUGAUUGAGGUGAACGGUGUCAAUGUGGUGAAGGUGGGUCACAAGCAAGUGGUGUCGCUCAUCCGCCAAGGGGGGAACCACCUGGUAAUGAAAGUGGUCUCCGUCAGUCGCAAGCCAGAGUCGGAGGACAUUGUACGGAAGAAAGCCCCGCCGCCGCCCAAGAGGGCCCCCAGCACCACGCUGACCCUGCGCUCCAAGUCCAUGACCGCUGAGCUGGAGGAGUUGGCCUCGAUGCGGAGGAGGAAAGGGGAGAAGCUGGAUGAAAUUUUGGCAGCGGCUGAACCUGCACUGAGAGCGGACAUUGUGGAAGCGGAUUCCAGGGCAGCCACGGUGAAGCAGCGGCCGACCAGCCGGCGCAUCACUCCCGCGGAGAUCAGUUCACUGUUUGAGCGCCAAGGGAUGGCAGCGCAUGCUGGGCCAGAUAAACCCCACAUUUCGCUACGCAAAGGAAUUCCACGGACAAAAUCUGUAGGUGAAGAUGAGAAAUUUGCUGCCUCCAUAAUGGAUGGGAAAUUUCCCAGAAGCACCUCAAUGCAAGAUACUGUCAGAGAAGGGCCUGGCAUCCCACCCCCACCUCAGACUGCUCCACCCCCUCCACCUUCCCCUUAUUAUUUUGACACGGGCGCACCCCCCUCCUUCUCCCCCCCUCCGCCCCCAGGAAGAGUCUAUGACACCAUCCGGUCCAGCUUUAAGCCCAGCUUGGAGGCCAAGCUUCACGGGUUGCCCCAGGUCAUCAGUGCCGCAGAGAUGUACGACCAAGCAAGGACUCCUGUCCCUUACCCCGAAAGGCAGAAACGGGCCCGUUCCAUGAUCAUCCUGCAGGACUCCUCCCACAUCCCCGUGGAACCCACCGACAUCCCCCGGCCCGGCCCUUCUGCCACACCCCCCGAGAAGCUGAAGCGGAAGGGCCGGGUGGUCGACAACCCCUACGCCAACAUGGGCCAGUUCAACGUCAGCCUCUUUGCCCCCACCAAGCCCCAGAGGAAGAAGAGCCCCUUGGUGAAGCAGCUGCAGGUGGAAGACGCCCAGGAGCGAGCAGCGUUGUCCGUGGCGGGGGGCUUCGCUCGGGAGCCGUCCCCCACCCGACGCAGCCACCGCCUGAGCGGCAUGGAGUACCAGUCGCAGGUGGACCCCGCCAGCCUCCCCUUCACCACUGCCAUCGCGGGAGUCAUGAAGGACAGGGAGCGACGCCUGGAUGAGAAGCGGAAAUCCACUGUCUUCCUCUCCGUCGGGGCCAUCGAGGGGAGCCCCCCCACCAUCGAAAUGCCAUCUCUGCAGCAGUCGCGGUCCAUCGACGAACGGCUGCUGGGGAGCCGGGAUGUGCUCCUGCCUUCGCCCGUCUCAGCUUUAAAGCCAUUGAUCAGCAGCUCCUCCUCGACAUUCAUCCACCCGCUCACGGGGAAGCCCUUGGACCCCAACUCUCCGCUGGCACUUGCGCUGGCCGCAAGGGAGCGGGCGCUGUCCACCCAGGUCCCCUCCAGAGGGCCCACCCCGAUCCACAGCCCAGACUCCGAACGUGCCGCACCCCUGUUUGUGGACAUCCAAACCAAAGAGCAAGAGAGGGGGGAGCUGGAGGGGCUCGUCUCACCUGCGUAUUCGCCUGGGGCCAAGGCACCAACUCCGGGCACCUUGACUCCCACACAAAGCCACUGGGGGAUACCAACAACUGUGAGGAAAGAGGGCGAGGCACGAGCCGAGACGCCUGUCAAAGAGGAGAAGAAAGCUGAGGACAAGAAGUCUAUGAUCAUCAGCAUCGUGGACACGUCCCAGCAGAAGACAGCGGGUCUCAUCAUGGUGCACGCGACCAGCAACGGCCAAGACCUUGGGCUGGAGAUGAAGGAGGAGAAGCCGCCCGUCCCAGAGGCUGGUGCAGAGCCUGCUGAGGUGCCCGCCGUCCCUGAGGCCCACCCCAGCCCCGUGGCGAAGGCUCCCAUCAGCCCAGUCUCUGACAAGACUCUCGGACAAGGCAGUUCAGAAGAAGAAGUGGAGCCGUACACGGUCACACUGCCACCUGCCCAGCUGUCUUCGAGUGACGAGGAGACCAGGGAGGAGCUGGCCAGGAUCGGUCUGGUCCCUCCCCCGGAUGAGUUUGCAAACGGGGUCCUGGUCACCACCCCCGGCACACCUAUCAGCCAGCUGGCUGCUCCAGCAGUUGCCACGCCAUCCAUGCCAGCGGCAGCAGUAGCACCUUCUACCACUGGUGGAACACCCUCAGGGAAGCCCUCUGAUGCCCCCACAGCCCCGGAGUCUGCCGCAGACUCAGGAGUGGAAGAGGUGGACACCAGAAGUUCAAGUGACCAUCAUCUGGAGACCACAAGCACCAUCUCCACCGUCUCCAGCAUGUCCACAUUGUCCUCAGAGAGUGGGGAGCCCACUGAUACAUACACUUCCUUUGCGGACGGACAAACUUUUAUACUCGAGAAGCCACCAGUGCCUCCAAAGCCAAAACUCAAGUCCCAGCUCAGCAAGGGGCCGGUUACUUUCAGGGACCCACUUCUGAAGCAGUCUUCGGACAGCGAGCUAAUCUCCCAGCAACACGCGGCCAUCCUGGCUUCCGCCAGCAUUGGCCGGCCACGCUACCUCUUCCAGCGAAGGUCCAAGCUGUGGGGGGACCCCCUGGACAGCAGGCCAAUCCAUGGGGCUGAGGAUGACAAACCAACUGUGAUUAGCGAGCUGAGCUCUCGGCUUCAGCAGCUGAACAAGGACACGCGCUCCUUGGGGGAGGAGCCCGCGGGGGGUGUGAUAGACCCCGGAAAGAAGUCCCCGGUGGUUGCAGCACGACUUUUCAGUAGUUUAGGAGAACUGAGCACCAUUUCCCAGCGGAGCUCCGGCACCACCUACACCGUGCGUCCCGGAAGCCGCUACCCUGUAACCCGCCGCACCCCCAGCCCGGUGAAGCCCACCCUGGAUCGGACAGACCCGCUCAGCACCAUGCGGCCCUACGGGCUCACCCCGCCCACCAUCCUCAAAUCUUCCAGCCUCUCCAUCCCCCACGAGCCCAAGGAGGUGCGCUUUGUGGUGAGGAGUGUGAGCGCCCGUAGCCGGUCCCCUUCGCCCUCGCCCUCCCCGGGACCCCCCCUGCACACCCUCCACCCCCCUCGGCCCUUCACGCAGAAGCCCCUGCACCUGUGGAACAAGUACGACGUCGGGGACUGGCUGGAAAGCAUCAACCUCGUCGAGCACCGGGACAAGUUUGAGGACAACGAGAUCGAGGGCACCCACCUGCCCGCCCUGACUAAGGAGGACUUUGUGGAGCUGGGGGUGACGCGGGUUGGGCACCGCAUGAACAUUGAGCGGGCUCUCAAGCCACUGGUCGACAGCUGACCGUUCUGGGCGGCCCUGGGGGGCUUUUCCGGGGCCGACUCGCUCACGGGCGGGGGGCCACGUCUCCUAGACUAGGAAACAGGAACCCUUCGGAUUCUCUUUCUACUCUGACCACUGCACUGAAGGGCGGGGAGUGGGUGAGGACCCCCCUCCCUUUCCCCCUCUCUCUCUCCCUCCC